UUAAGGGGGCUUAUUUUAUUGUUACACCGGAACAACCUUGGUUGGGAUUUAAUGCAACACCAAACGCUUUUCCGGUCUCUUUUCACCCACCCAUAAGAAGAAAAUGACGAAGGGUACAUCGUCCUUCGGAAAGCGGCGUAAUAAGACGCACGCUCUGUGCCGUCGCUGUGGCUCCAAGGCUUACCACCUGCAGAAGUCGUCCUGCGGGAAGUGUGGGUAUCCCGAGAAACGCAAGAGAAGGUACAACUGGAGCGCUAAGGCCAAGAGGAGGAACACCACUGGGUCUGGCCGCCUGAGACACCUGCGAGUCGUCUACCGCAGAUUCAGGAAUGGGUUCCGGGAAGGGACCACCCCAAAGCCUAAGCGUGCUGCAGUGGCUGCCUCCAGCUCGUCCUAGACACACUUUGGAUUUACUUGUUUAAAUAAAUGUGCUGUUGAUA